CACCUACUGCAGCCAAGUUCACGUCGCUGGGUCUUUUCGCUUACAAUUCGUCAACAUGGCAAAUCGCGCAAAUCGUCAUGCUGCCCGCACAGAGGAGUCGGACAACACCAUAAACUAUGUCCAAUGUGACGGACUGGCUGUCAUGAAAAUGGUGAAGCACUGUCACGAGGAGUCGAGCAACAUGGAUCUCGCACAGGGCGCCCUGCUCGGUCUGGUGGUGGACAAGUGCCUGGAAAUCACCAACUGCUUCCCGUUCCCCAAGAGCGGCGAUGAGACCAUGGACGAGGAGAUGUACCAGCUGACCGUGAUGCGCCGCCUGCGUCGCGUCAACGUAGACCAUCUGCAUGUGGGCUGGUACCAGAGCUCCGAUGUGGGCAACAGUCUGUCGCUGGCUCUCCUGGAAUCGCAGUACCACUACCAGACCAGCAUUGAGGAGUCCGUCGUCGUGGUGUACGACACGCAGAAGUCCUCGCGAGGAUUCCUCUGCCUGAAGGCCUACCGCCUCACUCCUCAAGCCAUCCAGAUGUACAAGGAUGGCGACUUCACGCCCGAGGCAUUCCGCACCCUGAAGGUAGGCUACGAGAGCCUCUUCGCUGAGAUCCCCAUCGUGAUUAAGAACUCGCCGCUGACCAACAUCAUGAUGAGCGAGUUGAACGAGCUGCUGCCCGAGGACAAGGGACACAACUUCCUGGAUCUUGGCACCGCCACCGUGUUGGAAAACCAAAUGCGCAGCCUGAUUGAGCGCGUCGAUGACCUGUAUCAGGAGGCUAUACGCUAUAACAAGUACCAGCAGGUUGUCUUCAAGCAGGAUACGGAGAAGCAUCGUGCUCUGGCUAAAUUGGCCGCUGAGAACGCCGUACGCACCUCGAAGGGCGAACCCACGGUGCCCGAAGAGGAGGUGAUCAAGCAGUUCCGCCCCAUGCCCGUGCCCGCCCGACUGACGGCCACCAUUACCUCCGGACAGAUCAACACUCAUGCCCAGCACAUCGCCCAAUUCUGCUCCCAGUCGCUGGCCAAGCUCUUCAUCACCGAAUCACUGCAGAACGCCAAGGAAUCAAAAGAAAUCAAGUAGACUAGCUAAUGUUAAACGUUUUUUAAUCUGAGGCAACAUCCAUACUUCACAAACAUAGCAUCUACGCACACUGAUGGCAAAAAUAAAUUACAACAGAAUAGAGUGUGCUUGGAAGCGAAA